AUCUCCUUUUGGUGAUAGUCCCAAUUCAAGGUUCAGAAUAGGUGUCGACAGAGUUUGAAAAGAUAUGCCGUCGAAAAUAGGCGCCAACCCCAAACAUGCAGAAUACGGGUGUUUGGCACGCUAUUUAAGAGGGAUGGAUGUCCCCUCGCAGUUGCGCUUCGCAUGACCUGUAAAUGAGAAUAAAAUGUGGAUGGAGCUGGUAAGGAGGAAAACAGAAAAAGGAGGGUGCCCAUGCCAUGAGCGGAGUCAGGCUUGUUGAGGCGGAGAAAGUUGGGGUGAUAGAAUCAUGUGGCAGACUGAAAGGAAGCACUUCAAACGUUAAGAAGAUAAUUAUGGCUGCUGUCUUGUUCGAUAUCCUCAAGUCACCAGUGUUCUGCAGUGGAGAGCGUCGGCGGGGCCA